CGGGCUCGGCGGCCCUGCUCCGGCUGUGCUGCCCCGGGCACGGAGCGCGGGGCGGCCGCGCUGCUGCUGCUGCUGCUGCUGUCAGAAUCGCCCUCAUGGCAGGGUCAGCGUGCAGAAACUCCAGAUGAAAAUGGCAAAACCCAGCGAGCUGACAGUCUUAUUAUGAAGAAGAUAAAGAAAAAAAAGAAAAAGAAACACCGGGAAGAUGUGAGGGGAAAGCGCCUGAAGAUGUACAACAAAGAGGUGCAGACAGUGUGUGCUGGGCUCACUCGCAUUGACAAGGAGACUCUGUCUCAAGGACAGUGUGACAGCCUGGAAAUGAGCAAGGAGUCCUUCAGGUACCUGAAGGAUGAGCAGCUGUGCAGACUGAACUUGGGCAUGCAGGAGUACCGGGUCCCCCAGGGAGUACAGACCCCCUUUGUGACGCACCAGGAGCACUCUGUGCGCAGCAGCUUCCUGAAGACUGGCACUAAAUUCAGUAACUUCAUUCACGAGGAGCACCAGUCCAAUGGAGGUGCCCUGGUCCUGCACGCUUACAUGGAUGAACUCUCAUUUUUGUCUCCAGUGGAGAUGGAGAGAUUUGCAGAAGAGUUUCUUGCGUUGUCAUUCAGUGAAAAUGAUAAAAAUGCAGCUUACUAUGCUUUAGCCAUAGUGCACGGAGCAGCUGCCUAUUUACCAGACUUCCUGGAUUACUUUGCUUUUAACUUUCCAAACACUCCAGUGAAAAUGGAAAUUUUGGGCAAGAAGGACAUUGAAACAACAACAAUUUCAAAUUUUCACUCUCAGGUCAAUCGGACGUACUGCUGUGGCACCUACAGAGCAGGACCCAUGCGCCAGAUCAGCCUGGUGGGAGCCGUGGAUGAAGAAGUGGGGGACUACUUCCCAGAAUUCCUAGACAUGUUGGAAGAAUCUCCAUUUCUUAGAAUGACUCUGCCCUGGGGGACUCUUUCCAGUCUCCGGCUGCAGUGCAGGUCCCAGAGUGACGAUGGGCCCAUCAUGUGGGUGAGGCCGGGAGAGCAGAUGAUCCCCACAGCUGAUAUGCCAAAAUCACCCUUCAAACGGCGCCGGUCCAUGAACGAGAUCAAGAACCUGCAGUACCUACCUCGGACCAGCGAGCCCCGCGAGGUGCUGUUCGAGGACAGGACCCGCGCUCACGCUGACCAUGUGGGGCAGGGCUUCGACUGGCAGAGCACGGCAGCCGUGGGGGUGCUCAAGGCUGUGCAGUUUGGGGAGUGGAGUGACCAGCCUCGUAUAACCAAAGAUGUGGUUUGUUUUCAUGCUGAAGACUUCACUGAUGUUGUGCAGAGACUUCAGCUGGACCUGCAUGAACCUCCAGUGUCACAGUGUGUUCAAUGGGUGGACGAAGCCAAACUAAACCAAAUGAGACGGGAAGGCAUUCGCUAUGCUAGGAUUCAGUUGUGUGACAAUGACAUCUACUUCAUCCCUAGAAAUGUCAUUCACCAGUUCAAAACAGUGUCAGCAGUCUGCAGCUUGGCCUGGCACAUCAGACUCAAACAGUACCACCCCGUGGGGGAGACUUCUCCAAAAGCAGAAAGCAAUUCAAGCCUCAACAGUGAUGUUCCUGGAAACACAGAGGCAGAAGGUGAACCCCAAGGUGUGAGUGUAAAAAUAGAGUCUGAAGAACCAGGUCUAGAAAUUCAGCUUACCCCAGGGGUGCUCUCCUCCUCUGUUUCUUCAAUAUCAGGACUUGUGCAACCAGAUCAGGUGGCCCAGCCCCUUCCAGGUUUUAAAAUAGAGUCUGAUCAGCAACACAAUCCACAGGAUCAUGCAGGCUCUUCUGUGUGAUAUGUAUAUAUUCAAACAUUUUUUAAACAACUUUUUAAAAUUUUGAUGUGAAGUUAUAGUUUUAUAACUGGCUUAUGUUUUAUUGGAGAAAUCUUGCCUAUAAUUCUAUAAAGAAAGGUGACAUUCCAAAAUGUCAAGCAUAUCUUUUUUACACAGAUUAUGCAAAAUUCAAGUUGUAUUUUAACCCCUUAGUACAACCUGUAACAGUGGUCUACCACUUCUUUCUGUUCAAGUAAAGAGAUGUUGAAUAUCUUCUCAAAGUCAGAUUGGAAUUCCUCCAGGAAUAUGAAAUGAUUGAACUCCAUUGGUCAGUGUUAUUUCCCUACUUUUACUUUAUCUCUAAUCUUCACCAGAAAGUGAUGCUUUUGUAGAAGACUUGCAAAGUGAUUUCCCCAUCUCAUUUUAAUUGCUUAAAAAAGUAAAAAAAAAAGUAAAAAAAAAAAGUGGAAAAAAAAAGGAAAGAUAAAAAAUAGAGAAAGCACAGCACUUUUGAUGAUUUGUGGAAUUUUUUGGUAUGUCUGUUCUUGACAUGUUGGUUUAUAUACAAGCUAUAGAAAUUGAUGUUCCUUACAGUUCCUACAAGGGUGACCUGUAAAAAGAACUGAAGCAAGUGUCUGAUUCCUGUUGAAAUGCAAUGACUUACUGACCUAACACUUCUCAUAGCACUGCUUCUGUUGUUUGGUGUGGGGGUUUUUGCUUCCAAAAUACAUCUUCCCUGAAUGUGAUAAAUGCUAGUGUCAAAAUUAGAGAACCUCUUGGUAGUCUUGUGGAGGAAACUGCUAUCUUUGAGCACUUUAAGGCUUUAAAAUACUUAACCACCCUGGCAGCUUGUUUUGAUGGGGUCGUAACGUGUCCAAUGGAUCCACACUUUCCCUUGUACUGAUGCACUUAACAUAAUAAGCAUUGAGCUGAUACCUGACUUCCUAGGAUAAGGCCAGCCUUACUGUGUAAGUUCUGUAUUAGUAUUUCACAAUAAAGAGUAUUUUGGCGUUGGA